AGCCGAAUUCCUCCCAGACCGGCUGGGAGCUCAGGAGAAGAAACCUGAACAAGUGCUUUGCUUCGACGCUUGCAACCCCUUCGAGCUCCUUUUAUUGCCAAUUUCUCACUGCUAAUCCCCAAUAUUAUUAUUCACCUGUUGCUUAAGUUUCUUUCCAGCGAUGUCUUCAUUGAUCAAGAGAAAAUCCGUAGAUGGUGCGACUCCAGAGAAUCCAAUACCAUAUAAAUCGCAGAGGAAGGACGAGCCGAUGGUUAUCGAUGACGGUGUGACCUGCCUACACGAUGUGUCUUACCCGGAGGGAUAUGUUGCGUCUCGCUCGGGGCCGACCCGCCCCACCGAAGGGAAUUUGAAGCCUGCGAAGGAGUUCCCCUUCGUGCUCGAUCCCUUCCAGUCCGAAGCAAUUAGGUGCAUUGAAAAUGGCGAAUCCGUAAUGGUAUCUGCACAUACAUCAGCUGGAAAAACUGUUGUUGCUUUAUAUGCUAUCGCCAUGUCACUGAGAAAUCAGCAAAGGGUUAUUUACACCUCUCCAAUCAAGGCUCUAAGCAACCAGAAAUACAGGGAGUUUAAGGAGGAGUUUUCAGAUGUUGGCCUCAUGACCGGUGAUGUGACCAUUGAGCCCAACGCCUCUUGCCUGGUGAUGACCACUGAGAUUUGGAGAAGCAUGCAGUACAAAGGGUCAGAGGUAAUGCGGGAAGUGGCCUGGAUCAUAUUUGAUGAAGUGCAUUAUAUGCGAGAUAGGGAAAGAGGUGUUGUGUGGGAAGAAAGUAUUGUUAUGGCUCCCAAGAACUCACGUUUCGUUUUCCUUUCAGCUACAGUCCCUAAUGCUAAGGAAUUUGCUGAUUGGGUGGCUAAGAUUCAUCAUCAGCCUUGUCACAUAGUUUACACAGAUUAUCGACCAACUCCCCUUCAACAUUACAUUUUCCCUUCCGGUGGUGAUGGUUUAUAUUUGGUGGUCGAUGAGAAAGGAAAGUUUCGUGAGGAUAGUUUUCAGAAAGCUUUGAAUGCCCUCGUUCCUGCUAAAGAUGGAAAUAGAAAAAGGGAUUUUGGGAAACUGCAGAAGGCAUUGCUGGAAGGAAAACCCAGUGAGGAAAGUGACAUUUUUAAGCUGGUGAAAAUGUUAAUUCAGCGCCAGUAUGAUCCUGUUAUACUAUUCAGCUUUAGCAAGAGGGAAUGUGAAUUUCUUGCAAUGCAGAUGGCAAAAAUGGAUUUGAAUGAUGACCAGGAGAAAACUAAUAUAGAAACCAUCUUUUGGAGUGCAAUGGAUUUGCUAUCUGAUGAUGAAAAGAAGCUUCCCCAGGUUUCAAACAUUCUACCCUUGUUAAAACGGGGCAUUGGGGUUCACCAUUCUGGUCUUCUUCCUAUUCUGAAGGAAGUGAUUGAGAUACUCUUUCAAGAAGGUCUAAUCAAGUGUUUGUUUGCUACAGAGACAUUCAGUAUAGGUUUGAAUAUGCCUGCAAAAACUGUAGUGUUCACCAACGUUCGUAAAUUUGAUGGGGAUAAAUUCAGAUGGUUAUCCAGUGGGGAGUAUAUUCAAAUGAGUGGUCGGGCUGGCCGCCGAGGUAUUGAUCAGCGAGGUAUUUGCAUUCUUAUGGUAGAUGAAAAAAUGGAGCCUUCAACUGCAAAAAUGAUGUUAAAAGGAAGUGCUGAUUUCUUAAAUAGUGCCUUUCACUUAAGCUACAAUAUGCUAUUGAAUCAAUUUCGCUGUGAAGAUGGUGAUCCAGAGAAGCUUCUCCGACAUUCAUUCUAUCAGUUUCAAGCUGAUCGGGCUCUUCCUGAUCUCGAGAAACAAGUAAAAGAAUUGACAAGAGAGAGGGACUCUAUUGUCAUAGAAGAAGAAGAUAGCUUGAAGGACUAUUUCAAUCUGUUGCAGCAGUAUAGAAGCCUAAAGAAAGAUGUUCAUGAUAUUGUGUUUGCUCCAAAGUAUUGUCUACCAUACUUACAACCUGGCAGGCUAGUGUCUCUAUUGUACGCUAGUAAUGACAAAAGGCCUUCAUUCUUCACACAUGAACCAGUUACAUGGGGAAUAAUAGUUAAUUUCCAAAAGAUUAACAACCUCAAUGAAGCUGCAGAUAAAAGACCCGAGGAUUCACAAUACACAGUUGAUGUCUUGACGAGGUGCAUGGUUGCUAAAGAAUCAGAGACAAAGAAGUCUAUAAAAAUAGUUCAUCUAAAAGAGCAGGGAGAGCCUCUUGUGGUAUCGGUGCCUCUCUCUCAGAUUGUUAGUUUGAGUGUCGUUCGGCUUUACAUACCCAAAGAUCUUGUACCAUUAGAAGCUCGAGAGAACAUGCUCAAGGUUCUUUCAGAAGUCUACUCCAGAUUCUUGAAGGAUGGGAUUCCUCUUUUAGAUCCUGAAGAAGAUAUGAAAGUACAAAGUAACUCGUAUAGAAAAGCUGUCAGAAGGAUAGAGGCCUUGGAUCGGUUAUUUGAAAAACAUGAAAUCCGAAAUUCCCCACUUAUCCAGCAAAACCUACAAGUAUUUCAUGAUAAACUGGAAUUGUCAGCCAAGAUCAAGUUAGUGAAGAAAUCAAUGCGCUCUUCCACCGCCUUAGCUUUCAAAGAUGAACUCAAAGCACGCAAAAGGGUUCUUCGAAGAUUAGGAUACAUUACUAGCGAGGAUGUUGUAAUGGUGAAAGGUCAAGUUGCUUGUGAGAUCAGCUCCGCUGAUGAAUUGAUCCUAACAGAGCUUAUGUUCAGUGGUUCAUUUAAGGAUAUCAGUAUUGAGGAAAUGGUGGCUCUUCUCUCAUGUUUUGUCUGGCAAGAGAAGCUGCAGGAUGCUCCUAAACCAAGAGAAGAACUAGAAUUGCUAUUCUCUCAGCUACAAGAAACAGCAAGGAGGGUUGCCAAUGUGCAAUUAGACUGCAAGGUGCAAAUGGACAUUGAUAGUUUUGUGAACUCCUUUCGCUCGGAUGUCAUGGAGGCUGUUUAUGCAUGGGCAAAGGGAUCAAAGUUCUUUGAGAUUAUGGAGCUCUCCUCAGUAUUCGAAGGUAGUUUGAUUAGGGCCAUCAGAAGACUAGAGGAGAUUCUGCAACAAUUAACCUUUGCGGCCAAAGCAAUAGGAGAAACGGAACUGGAAGAGAAGUUUCAAGAGGCUGUCAAGAAGAUCAAGCGUGAUAUAGUAUUUGCUGCAUCCUUGUACUUGUAGUCAAUUAAUUUCAUAUUAGAAGAUGCAUGCAAACCAAUUUUGUUUUAAUUUAAUUUUAAUUUAUUAUUAUUAUUAUUAUUAUUAUUAUUAUUAUUAUUAUUUAAAUUUGUCGACAUUAAACUUGACCCUCUACUUGUAACAUAAUUAUAUAUAUGAAAAUGUAGGAGUAGCUUGUGGCAGAUAAAAUUAGAGGGAAUUGCCUUGCAUAGAAUAUCGGACUUUUGAUGAUCCGAUUAGAAGAGUAGAUGUAUUAGAAGUAAUUUAUUGAUUGCGAAAGAACUUUUGAUGGUAGCUUA